CUCAAUCCAAGUGUGAUCACCAUCAACAUUGAAAAACUCUUCAAAAUUAUUCGUUGAACCGGUUACUUUCCAGACCUUAUCAUUCUUCUCGCUUAUUGGCUUAUACUUUCCUGAUUUUCAUUUGAUCAUAAGUGUUGGGGUUGUGAGCUCGCGUCUUCGGUUUUCCGCUUGGGUGCAGACUGUUUACUUUAUAUUGAUUGAUUAUUGAUAGGAAGUCCUCAAAAGAGAGUUGAAAGUGUGGACACAAAUACACUUCACUCACCCCUUGAUCGUAGUUCUUCAUUCGAAUAGGUGCUUCCCAUUUUAACUCAGGUCUUUAUUUACAAAUCUCCCACUCGCUCGCUCGACUAAUUUUUAGUUUUAGAAGAGCUCUGAGCGUCUACAAGGCGGAAGGUCAUCCUGAUAAUUGUUUUUACCUGGUAAAGUGAAGGAUUGAGUUGAAAUUAUUCCUCUAUAUCUAUCAUCACUGGCCAUAAUAAUCUACAUCACAUCCAUAAGCCUGAUCAACCGCCCUCAAGACUCGUUGAUCAGAUUAUACUUACCUUCGAAUCGAUCAAGCUAAGCAACAUGAUGGACUGGGAUUGGUCAACAGCCCUAUACCCGGCUCAAAAGCUUACAAAACAACCACAUCCUUCAUCAACUAUCACGCUGGCAUCACCUAAAACUAAAACUGACAACUUUUUCAGCUGUAUGACUACUAGCGAUCCUCCACCGAGUCUCACUUCUUUCCAUUAUCCCACUCUUAACACAGCAACUUCAUCGUCCUCAUUGUGGGGUCAUCAAAACCUCAACCAAAAUCGAAAUGAGUCUCAUCGUCAUAAUCUAAUCAAUCCUCACUCUAACUUUGGUUUACCAUCAGAUUAUCUUAACUCGCCUUCUCAAUCUUGUCAUCAACUUUUGGAUUCAUCAAAUGAUCUUAAUCUAAAUUGUAAUAUUCCAGUAUCUUCUCAUUCUUCAUUGAUAAAGAAUAUUAUCACUACUAGCGCUGCUACUUCCAAUAUGACAUCUUCAUCGUCAUCCAAUCUAAAUAAUUCUCUUUAUCCUAUCAAUAGUACUACUUCAUCUCAUCCUACCUCUCCUCCAUUACUUCAUAAUCACCAACACAUUCAACAACAACAACAAUUGGCUCAACAUGCGUUUUAUACUCGGUAAGCUAUCGUUCAACCCUUGUUUUGCUCUUUGCCAUUAUUCUUCCUCUUAAAAUUUCUCUUUUGGCUUCUAUGAAUGUCAUGAAACUGGGCUAUACAUGUCUUUCUUCCGUUCUUUGUUACCUUUCUUUUGUCCUCUCGACGAGGAGAUACCCGAGAUAUCAAUGCGCAUAAAAGUCGAUCACAUACAUUUUAACCAUCU